AUGCUCUUCGACGAAGAACGACUCCAAUGGGCAGACCUCCGCUUAGAACUGCAGGAUGCUUUAAAAAGGGACACUGAUCUACAAAAAGUAAAACUGUUGGAAAUCCACCGAAAGCGAGAUGAAGAUGCAUUGAGCCUGAAGCGGCAACUAGACGGCACAAAUAAUAAAUUGGAUGAUUUCAUCACAAGAGUGAAUAAUCAUGCCGAUGCCAUAGAUGACUUAAAAAUUGCUUUUGACACCGACAAGUUGCGCUGCUUAAAAAUCAGGGAAACACUGCAAAAGCGUUUAUCAGAUGCAAAUUUUGAAAACGAACAGGUGGAGCGCCUCAUCCAGGAGUGUUCCUCACUACACAUUUCGAAUCUCGUUACUUUGCAAGAACUGAAACACGCUUACGAGGAAGUGGAAGCUUCAAAAGAACAAUCCAGAUUAAGGCAAGAGGAAUUGAAAGCACGGAAAGAAAGACUGGGGCAGCUUCAAACACUUUUAUCAGAAGAGAAAGAAGUCAUACAGCAUUUGGAAGAUAAACUGAAGAUGGCAUCGGAAGAAGAAAGAAAGCUUUCUUUAGAAAUUGAUGCAGCGCAAGAAUACAUAGAAAGGUUGAACGAAGAAAUUGAAGAGACUCAAAUAAAAGCUAAGGGAUUUGUUUCUCGUGAGAAAGAGUUAGCAAAGGAGCUGGAAGAGAUUGAGCAGAAAUUUAAAGAACUGCAAAGCAUUUUUGUAACGCUGAAGGCGAGAAGCGAAGUUGUAAAUAGCGAAACGGGUAAAUGGAAUAAGAUAUAUUCGCAUCUGGAGUGGGACUAUAAUCAGAGACAGCUACAAAAGAUUAAGGAAAGAACUGUGAAGAAAGAAGAAUCUGAAGGGAAUAGUAAAGACAGUAGACAAGCAGCUAAAUCUGAGGUGGAAGGGAUAAAUGAAAGUCCAACUAGGUCAAUCAAGCGUCAGUUAAAAGCAGAUGGCAGGGAGAAUUUCAAUGAAACAUUUUCUACUAUUGUAUUUGACCCAGUUCAAGUAGUAGCUUCGACUCCAGCGGUUUCUCCUAAAAGGAAAAGCCCAAAGCGCAUUGACAAUGAACUGGGAAAAACCUUUUUCUUAGAGCCUGAAACUCUUCGAAAGUCUCCUACAGAAGCGGCUAAAAAAACGCAGCGGAAAAUGAGGACUUGUAAUAGAAGGACGAGGGCUUCAAGGAGAACGGUCACGAAAGCUGUGGGAGGAACAAGAUCCGCUAUAAAAGAAUCAAAGCGUGCGAUGUAUGAUAUGUUAGACAGCGAGUGA